AUGCAUGCAGCAAGCUUUGAAGCUGGCACAAGUAUUUUGAGAAACAAAUAUGACAAAGAACAGCGCAUCAAAGUUCAACAAUAUGAUAAGAAUUCAUACUUGUCGGGUAGUGCUUAUAAUGGAAGUGUAUGGCAGUCUACGAAAAUAGUUCCAAUAAGUGAAGUUCAAUUACGCAGGACAAUAUAUGAUUCCAAUAGUUCGCAAAAACAAGAGAGAAAAACAGAAGUUAAUAGACGUGCAGGAGUUUAUGCUUUUUGUUGUGAUAAUUAUAAAAUUUUAUUAGUUGGAUUAAUAAUUGGAAUAUUAACAGCUGGUAUUGUUUUGGGUACGAUUAUUGCAUUGUGGCUGGGAUCAACAGGUGAGAUUGAUCAGUAA